AUGAAGUACUCUGCCGUUGCUCUCGCCGUUGCCGGUAUGGCCACCACUGUCCGUGGUCACGGUUUCCUCCUCUCUCCCAAGCCUCGUAUGCCCGGUGAUGCUUUCCAGGCUGCAUGUGGUCAACAAGUUUACUACAACCAAGCUGGUGAUAACUACGGCAACAUACAGGGCGAGCUCCAGGUUGCCAAGACCCAGACCGACUACAACGCCGAGAAGUGCAAGAUCUGGCUCUGCAAGGGUUUCAAGUACGAGGACAACAAGGACAUUGUUUCGACUUUCACUCCUGGCCAGAAGGUUCCUAUCACAUUCGACGUCCGCGCUCCCCAUGAAGGUACUGCCAACGUCUCCAUCGUUGAUACCGCCACCAACACUAUCAUCGGUACUCCCUUGAUCUCUUGGGAUGUCUACGCUUCCAGUGCCUCGAGCAUUCCUACCUCCCAGACCUCUUUCAGCGUUACCAUCCCUGAGGAUCUUGGCAGCAAGUGCUCCACUGCUGGUGCUUGUGUGCUUCAGCACUUCUGGGAUGCCAGAUCCGUCGAUCAGACUUACGAGUCUUGCAUCGACUUCACCGUCAGCGGAUCUAGCUCUGGCGCCGCACCUGUCAGCUCCAAAGCCGCUACCUCGGCUCCUGUCUCGUCCCAGAAGGCCACUUCGAGCGUUCCUGCCAAGGCUCCUAUCACCUCUACUAAGGCUGCCACCUCCGUCGCUAAGCCUACCACCAUGUCCACCGUUGUCAAGUCCAGCAGCGUCGCUCCCGUC